AUGGCACCAGUUUACCAUAUAGUUCUUUUCAAACUCAAGCCCAAUGUCAAGGAAUCCGAGAUUGACGAGCUCAAGGAGGCGCUCACAGGCAUGGUGGGAAAGGUUCCAGGGUUGAUCAGAGCCGACAUUGCUCCACCACACAUCAGCACAGCCCAUCGUUCUCAGGGCUUCAACAUGGGGCUGGUGGCUGUUCUAGAUGGGCCAGAGACGAUAAAGACGUAUGGCGAGCACCCGGAGCAUCAAAAGGUUCACAAAAUACGCGAGGCUCUGUGUGAUGAUACUUUGGCCUAUGACCUUGAGUAUAAUGUAUAG